GAGUGCCCGCCUCUUCCGCUUCCGGCGCCAGGACCGCCGCCAUGCUGGGCGAUCUGCUGCUCUGCGGAACGCUGCUGGUGAACGCCGGCGCCGUGCUGAACUUCAGACUGAGGAGGAGAGACACGGAGGGCUUCGGCGAGGGGGCGAGGGAGCCCACGACCGGUGACAAUAUCAGGGAGUUCUUGCUGAGUCUUAGGUAUUUCCGAAUCUUCAUUGCCUUGUGGAAUGUCUUCAUGAUGUUCUGCAUGAUUGUGUUAUUUGGAUCUUGAAAGUCAUCCACAAACACAUCUGGUAACCUGGAAGAGACUUUUGGCUGCAGACAUAACUUUUCUAUCAAGUAAAAGAUUAUAAUGCUUUCCACAUACAGCCCUGGGGUUGUGGCAGGUUCUUUCCAUGGGGCAGCACAGCACACAGCUCCCCCCAAACCCCCGGCUGCAUAACGUGGGGGGAGUGCAUGGCUGCAUGCUGCAGGGCGGGGAGCCUCCCAGCCCCUGAGCCAAAGGCUUCAAAGUAAAAUAAUUUCAACUUCACUGGGAGGAGAAAAAGGAAAAAAAAAAAAAAAGCCAACUUGAAAUUGUGUUGCUCAGCAUUGGGUGCCUGAUGUGCAGCACAUUGCAGCUGACUGAAAGCCACAGUCGUGCAGCUCUGCGCCGUCCUCGCUCCAUCCCUGCUGUCACUGCACUGUGGGUCGCGUGGAAAUCACUUUAUUAUUGUGAAGCUGAGUAAAGUAUUGAUGUAACUUGGAAAAAAGAAGUCAUUUUUCCCUCACGAUUCCAUUUUUCUUUGGAGAAGUAGAUACGGACACCUCAAAAAAGGAUUCUCACUUUUUUUCUCCCAAUAAAUUCAUGUUUAGAUACAAAUUUCAAUAUAAGGUUUUUUUUCCUAAGCAAUACAUAAAGGACUUUGAACAGAAAAAUAUCUGUAAUCCUGAGGAAGUUUUGGAAUCAUUUUGAAUUUGGUUGAAUAAAAAAGUUCUAUUUAAGGGUAAA